GUCAUGUUUUCCACGAUGCCCGGGAACCUCACCUUUGAAGAUUUCCUCGACAUGAUGUCGGUGUUCAGUGAAGCAGCACCAAGGGAUAUUAAAGCAUGGUACGCCUUCAGAAUUUAUGAUCUUGAUGACGACAUGUACAUAGGUCGAGAGGACCUUUUGGAGGCCACUCGAUUGUUGACGAAGGGAGAGCUUCACGCUCAAGAGAGGGAGGAAAUUGUGGCUAGUGUUUUGGACGAGGCUGACGUGGACGGAGACGGAAGACUAUCCUUCAUGGACUUCGAACACGUGGUUGUGCGUGCACCGGACUUCCUAUCCACGUUUCACAUUAGAGUAUGAAUAAACGAUGGCGUCUUUUAAUAAAUUUAUAGA